GAAGCUCACGUAUCCCAUCGGCCCUGGCGCCGGGGCGGAAGAAGGUGUGGAGCUAAUUCUCUGAUUCGCAUCGCCUCUACUCUCCUAUCCCGACUGACGUUGGAUAACAAAGAUGGCUGCAGGAACCAGCAAUUAUUGGGAAGAUCUCAGGAAACAGGCUCGACAGCUGGAAAAUGAACUUGACCUGAAACUAGUUUCCUUCAGUAAACUGUGUACAAGUUACAGUCACAGCAGUACUCGAGAUGGAAGACGCGACAGGUAUAGCUCUGACACAACACCCCUUUUAAAUGGAUCAAGCCAAGACAGAAUGUUUGAAACAAUGGCCAUUGAGAUUGAACAGCUUUUGGCAAGGCUUACAGGAGUAAAUGAUAAAAUGGCAGAAUAUACCAACAGUGCAGGUGUCCCGUCUUUGAAUGCAGCACUGAUGCAUACAUUACAGCGACAUAGAGAUAUAUUGCAGGAUUAUACACAUGAAUUCCAUAAAACCAAAGCAAACUUCAUGGCAAUACGGGAAAGGGAGAAUCUCAUGGGAUCAGUACGAAAGGAUAUUGAGUCAUAUAAAAGUGGGUCUGGAGUGAACAACAGAAGAACUGAACUGUUUUUGAAAGAACAUGACCACCUUCGAAACUCAGAUCGUCUGAUAGAAGAGACAAUAAGCAUUGCUAUGGCAACAAAAGAAAAUAUGACUUCACAGAGAGGAAUGUUGAAGUCAAUUCAGAGCAAAAUGAAUACUUUGGCCAAUCGUUUUCCUGCUGUGAACAGCCUGAUCCAACGAAUCAAUCUUAGGAAACGGCGAGACUCCCUCAUCCUGGGCGGUGUUAUUGGUGUCUGUACCAUCCUAUUGCUGCUGUAUGCUUUCCACUGAUGGAACAUCUCCAGGGACUCUUGACAACCACCACUUUCACACCCUGAUCCGGAAUAAGGAAAAAUAGGAAGGAGAAGUUGAUUGUCCUGAUGAUUAGCCUGACCAACAGGAUUAAUGCAAGACUGAUGGUGAUGGACUCUGUGAUACGGUCAGGUUGAGCUGAAGCCACAGUUUUCCUGUGCUAUCUUUUCUAACACACAUUUCCUUCUGUUUUUAGUUUAAAAAAAAAAAAAGUUUUCAGUUGCUUUUGUCUUCCCAGGAGGUAAGUAAACCAAUCAGAAACAGAGUUUCUAUGCUUCAGUAAUAGUGUUGAAGGCUGAUAACAAGCCAGAUCUUACAGCUGGACUCCAGAAAACCAGGUUUCUCUAUAUCCAAAGACUGUUUUCCUUUCAGCCACCAGAUUGGGUUGUGAAUAAAAAUAGUUCUUGUCCUUUUUAUUUUACAGUCAUGAAGAGAAAUCACAAGUCAUUUCUUGAUAAGCUGUGCUAUAAAUUUCUACUCUGUGCCCCUGUUUUGGUAUUCCAGAAAAAUUACAUUUUUCACAGGUUCUUUGAGAUGCUAACAGGUCAACUUCAACACAGUUGAGGUUGUCUGAAACAGAAGACAAACACUGCAAGAAAAGCUUUUUUCUUCCUCUUUUUUUAAAUUGUAUGCACACUGGGAUUAACUAUAUUGCUGGAAAAGCAUUGAGAAUAACAGGCUUUUUUGUCCGUCAUUGUUUUGAUGUUUUGUUUAUUUCUUCCAUUGGAUUAAUACUUGCUACUAUGAGAAAAUGCAAUCUCAGUUCUACCAUGGUAAAAGUAACUAAUAGCCAGUGUCUGUCAGUGCCCCCAACUAUUCCUCAUCAUGUCAGGAUUAACCCUGAGUGAGGGGACUGCUCAAUUUCAGUGAGAUCUGUUCAGCAAGCCACAUGUAAAAAGACAUUGAUUGAGGGGUCACCAUCCAGAUUAUUCCAUUUGUAAAUGCUCCAUGAUUUAUGAGCAAAAGUUCAAGAAAUACUGCCUAAUGUACCAGGAAGUCUGUGUUUUAUGAAAACCUACUCAUUCCAAAUCUGUUAAGCUUUCCAAACAUCCAGAGAAUGGUUUUACUGUUGAAGGUGCAUGUGACAGAAUCUAUCUGUAUCUGCACCUGUCUUCUACUACCAUCCCUGGACAGUAGCAGAAUUUUAAACCACCCACCAGAAUUCUUUUCAGGUUUAACCAUUUCUCCAUUUCUGUAAACUUACAACUUAUUCACCUGAACUACCACAAAUAGUUUGAAGACGUCAACAUCUACACUCCUCACCAAGAAAGAAGGUUGCUCUUCACCAUUGGAAUGGACUCUGGUAUUUAUAGUAUUGACCUCAGACUGUGCCACAGGGAAUUAAAGGAUAUGAGCAUGUAGUUCUUAACGAUAUCACAGUGCAUCGGUGAUGACAUUCAGGUGAACUUGAUACAAGAGCUGAUGGCUAUGCUAACCCCUGGUCUGGUACAGAAACUGAGAGCUUUUUCAUUCUGUUGUCAAAGUUUUAUUAUGUUCUGGGUAUGAAAGCCAUUGGAUACAUUUUUUUAAACUAUGGGGUUUAUUUUUCUAAAUAUGGGUUGAUUGAUCAGAUAACUUGAUUGGGGAUGCCCUGAAAAGAAAGUCUAAGUUUUCCCAAUGUAAAUCUUAAAGGAUCAGAGAAGUUCAUUUACUAAAUUCUCUGUUGGGAGAACAAGACUGUUCUCCCCUGACACUUUAUUAUCUUUGAUUUUUCAAAGGGCCUUGAUUGGUGGUUGUGCCUCAGCUAGAAUUUAUGGGACUUUCAUUGCUAUAUGGUUGGCAUUUAUAAAAUCUGAAGUAUCAUAAAUAAAGUUAUUUAUUUAAUUAUA